AUGGAUGAGGGAAACGCCAGUAGCCCCUUGAACAACCCAGACCCCAGCGAUCCGCUCUUCCAUGUUUGCUGGGGUCGACAGUCAUGUUCAAGUUGCCUAACUGGUGAGGUUGCCUGCAGCUGGUGUGCUAUAUCCUCGACCUGUGUUCCAAAUCCAUCGGGGGUUCCAAUAUUUGCGCCUUUCGGCUCAGCAAGUAUCUGUCCCCUUGGCUCCAAGGAGAGAUGGGAACUGAGAGCUCGGCCGUUUGGGUGUAAGGCUAGCACUUUGACUGUUCUAUCAGUAAUGGGUGCUGUGCUUACGACGACGGUGUUGGGUGCGGUUGGGGUUGCAUUGGUGUGGCUCGUGUAUCGGACCAGAUGGCAUUGGAAGGACGCAGAGUAUGAACAGCCUGACCAAGAGGAAAGGUCAUCUGGGUGGAGGGGUCGGAAUCUUGGGCUUGGGUCUAUUGCCGGUUUCUUUCCUCGAUGGAGUUGGACAGAGGCUCAGACAGAAGUCGAGGAGGAAGAGGAAGCAGAGACAAGGCCACUGUUGGAAUAG